AUGGCUUUCAGUGGCCUUGCAGCACCCUUCCCAGAACCCGAUCUCGAACUGGAAGCCCGCGCAAGCUCCGUCCUGGGCUUUGACAUUUCGCACUAUCAAUCCAGCGUAGACUUCAGCUCAGCUUACAGUGAUGGUGGCCUUCGCUUCGUCUACAGCAAAGCUACCGAGGGAACAACUUAUAAGGACCCUGCGUUCUCCUCCCACUACACAGGAGCGACAAACGCAGGCUUCAUUCGUGGCGGCUACCACUUUGCUUCCGGCACAGGAGAUGGCAGCCAAGAAGCUAACUUCUUUCUCGCGAAUGGUGGAGGCUGGAGUAAUGAUGGAAGGACUCUUCCUGGGAUGUUAGACCUUGAAGGAGACUGCAAGUCCGUAUCUUGGGUAAGCGACGAGCAAACAUCGAAAAUUCAAGAAAUCCGGACUUUCAGAAAUACCUACCACGCGAAGACUGGGCGAUAUCCGACGAUUUAUAGCAGCCCAAGCUGGUGGAGCUCCUGCAUCGGCAACUCGAAUGCUUUCGUAGACACGAAUCCGCUCGUCAUGGCAUGCUACAAUGCUAAUCCCUGCACUCCACAAGGAGGAUGGCCGUAUUACACGAUAUGGCAAUAUAAGGACUCAAAUCCUUAUGGAGGAGACUCAGAUCGCUUCAAUGGUGAUAUGACGCAGCUGAAGAAGCUGGCAAGUGGAUAG